CCCCCAGCUCCCCUCCCUCCGCCCCUCCGGCAGCGAUGGCAGAGGAACAACAGCCGCCGCCGCCGCCGCCCGAUGCCCACCCGCAGCUUGCCGUCCACAGCCCCGGCGCCGGGGUGGCUCUGCCAGCCUUGGUGCCCGGGCUGCCAGGGACGGAGGCCAGCGCGCUGCAACACAAGAUCAAGAACUCCAUCUGCAAAACUGUACAAUCUAAAGUGGACUGCAUUUUGCAAGAAGUUGAGAAGUUUACAGACCUAGAGAAACUCUACCUCUACCUUCAGCUGCCUUCUGGUCUCAGCAAUGGAGAGAAAAGUGAUCAGAAUGCCAUGUCGUCUAGUCGGGCACAGCAAAUGCAUGCCUUUUCCUGGAUUCGGAACACCUUAGAGGAACAUCCUGAGACUUCGCUCCCCAAACAGGAAGUCUAUGAUGAAUACAAGAGCUAUUGUGACAAUCUUGGUUACCAUCCAUUAAGUGCUGCUGACUUUGGGAAGAUCAUGAAGAAUGUCUUUCCAAACAUGAAGGCACGCCGCUUGGGCACCAGAGGCAAGUCUAAAUACUGCUAUAGUGGACUGAGGAAAAAAGCCUUUGUCCAGAUGCCGACACUGCCCAGCCUUGACCUUCACAAGACUGGAGAUGGGUUGGAAGGAACUGAGCCUUCUGGACAGCUUCAAAAUAUUGAUGAGGAGGUUAUCUCUUCUGCUUGCCGUCUCGUGUGUGAGUGGGCCCAGAAAGUGUUAAGCCAACCAUUUGACACAGUCUUGGAGUUAGCCCGCUUCCUUGUGAAGAGUCAUUACAUAGGCACCAAGUCAAUGGCAGCUCUGACUGUAAUGGCAGCAGCACCAGCAGGAAUGAAAGGAAUUCCCCAGCCUUCCGCUUUCAUCCCUACAGCUGAAAGUAACUCGUUCCAGCCUCAAGUGAAGACCCUGCCCUCGCCCGUGGAUGCUAAGCAGCAGCUGCAGCGGAAAAUCCAAAAGAAGCAGCAGGAGCAAAAGCUGCAGUCCCCACUGCCAGGGGAGCUCUCCACAAAGAAGGCAGAAGGAGCUGCAACUAAUGGAGUGACCAGCCUCCCCAAUGGGAACCCCGCCAUCCUCUCUCCUCAGCCCAUCGGCAUCGUUGUGGCAGCUGUCCCUAGUCCCAUUCCGGUCCAGCGAACCCGGCAGUUGGUGACUUCGCCGAGCCCAAUGAAUUCUCCUGAUGGCAAGGUCCUUCCCCUCAAUGUGCAGGUGGUCACUCAGCACAUGCAGUCUGUGAAGCAGGCACCAAAGACUCCUCAGAGUGUCCCGGCCAGUCCUGGUGGUGACCGUUCCACCCGGCACCGCUACCCUCAGAUCUUGCCCAAGCCAGCCAACACAAGUGCGCUGACCAUCCGCUCCCCGACUACUGUCCUCUUUACCAGCAGUCCCAUCAAAACCGCUGUUGUCCCUGCUUCACACAUGAGUUCUCUAAAUGUGGUGAAAAUGACAACAAUAUCCCUCACACCCAGCAACAGUAAUGCCCCUCUUAAACAUUCUGCCUCAGUCAACAGUGCUACUGGAGCGACAGAGGAAUCCCGUAGCGUUCCACAGAUCAAGAAUGGCUCUGUUGUUUCUCUUCAGUCCCCUGCGUCCAGGACAAGCAGCACGGGAGGGACGUCCGUGGAGGUCAAGAUGGAACCUGAAGCUUCAUCAGAUGAGCAUGCUGUACAGUGCCAAGAGAACUCCGAGGGAACUAAAGCACCCCUGGCAGUACCUAGUGCCCUCUGGGGACAGAAAAGUAACCCAGAUGGAGCAGUACGGAGACCUCCAGAUGAAGGUGACGGCAUUACUGAAGUGAAAGCGGCUAAAGCCUGUGACCUGAGGACCAAAGGUAAGAGUCGCUCCAGUGAGGCUCCGCCAGGCGCCUCAGCAGGCAGCAGUCAAAGCACUGUCACUCUCUCGGUUGCUACUCAAAACUUACCUUUCACCAGCACCAGCUCACCAUCCAGUGGUGACUCAAUAAAUAAAGACCCUAAAUUAUGCACUAAAAGUCCAAGAAAGCGACUGUCUUCUACGCUGCAAGAGUCCCAGGUGCCUCCUAUAAAGAAACCAAUUGUGGAACAGCUUUGUGCAGUUGCUACGGAAGGCCAGAAGCCAGAUGGUGUUAAGAAGGACCAAAAAGUUCCACAUUCAGGGAAGGCAGAAAGUUCGAUAGCCGGUGCUCAAAUUCCUAGCAAGGUCUCAGUCAGUUUGGGUUCACACGUAGCAGAAAGUCAGCCCUCGACCCCUGCUCUCAGUGCCAGUGAGGCAGGUGUGGAGCAGCAGACACCAUCCUCAUCUCCCGAGAUAAAGGUGAAACUGGAAGGGAGUGUCUUUCUCUUGGACCGGGAUGGAAAGUCAGAUGGCAGCUUUAAUCCAGAAGAAUGGCAGCAAGUUGCCAAGGGUUCAGAGUUCACACCUGCCAGCUGUGAGCAGCAGCAAGAUGUCAGUGUCAUGACAAUUCCUGAGCACUCUGAUGUCAGUGACUUAGAGAAAUCCGUUUGGGAGUUAGAAGGAAUGCCACAGGACACUUAUAGCCAGCAGCUACAUAGCCAGACGCCAGAGUCUUCUUUGAAUCAAAUACAAGCACAGUCUUCAGAGCAGUUACCUCUGCAGUCAGAGCUGAAGGAGUUUGAGUCUUCUGUUUCCCAGACGAAUGAUAGCUAUUUUCCUUUUGACGAUGAGCUGACACAGGACAGCAUUGUGGAGGAGCUUGUGUUGAUGGAGCAGCAGAUGUCCAUGAACAACUCGCAUUCUUAUGGGAACUGCUUGGGAAUGACCCUUCAGAGUCAGUCAGUGACUCCGGGAGCCCCAAUGUCAUCUCACACCUCCAGCACCCACUUCUAUCAUCCAAUUCAUAGCAAUGGCACUCCAAUUCACACACCCACACCCACACCCACUCCAACGCCAACCCCAACCCCAACACCAACACCAACAUCCGAAAUGAUUGCUGCAUCUCAGAGUCUAUCACGGGAGAGCCCUUGCUCCAGGCUAGCCCAGACCACGCCUGUGGACAGUGCGUUAGGAAGUAGCCGACACACACCCAUUGGUACUCCACAUUCUAAUGGCAGUAGUAGCGUACCUCCCAGCCCUGUCGAGUGCAGGAAUCCAUUUGCAUUCACCCCAAUAAGCUCCAGCAUGGCAUACCAUGAUGCCAGUAUUGUCUCCAGCAGUCCUGUGAAACCCAUGCAAAGGCCCAUGGCCACACACCCUGACAGAACCAAACUUGAGUGGAUGAACAAUGGGUACGGUGGCGUAGCUAGUUCAUCGGUGUCUGGCCACGGCAUUCUCCCAAGCUACCAGGAGCUAGUGGAAGAUCGUUUCAGAAAACCUCAUGCUUUUGCUGUGCCGGGACAGUCAUACCAGUCUCAGUCUAGACAUCAUGACACUCAUUUUGGUCGUUUGACUCCUGUCUCUCCUGUGCAACAUCAAGGUGCCACUGUAAACACCAACAAGCAAGAAGGGUUUGCAGUCCCUGCCCCUCUUGAUAAUAAAGGAGCUAACUCAUCUGCCAGCAGCAACUUCAGGUGCCGGAGUGUGAGCCCUGCUGUCCAUCGCCAACGCAACCUUAGUGGAAGCACCCUCUAUCCCGUGUCGAAUAUCCCACGCUCUAAUGUGACCCCCUUUGGAAGCCCAGUAGCCCCAGAAGUUCCUGUUUUCACAAAUGUUCACACAGAUGCAUGUGCCAACAACAUAGCUCAGAGAAGCCAGUCAGUCCCAUUGACAGUCAUGAUGCAGACAGCCUUCCCAAACGCUCUGCAGAAGCAAGCAAACAGCAAAAAGAUAACCAAUGUUCUGUUGAGUAAACUCGAUUCUGACAACGAUGAUGCGGUGAGAGGGCUGGGAAUGAACAACCUGCCCUCCAAUUACACGGCCCGGAUGAAUCUCACUCAGAUUUUGGAAACUUCCCCUGUUUUCCCCAGUGCCAACUCACAAAAUAUGAUCGAUUCCAGCACUUCUGUUUAUGAAUUCCAAACACCAUCUUACCUCACCAAAAGUAAUAGCACCGAUCAGAUCAGUUUUUCUCCUGGAGAUAAUCAAGCACAAUCUGAAAUUGGAGAACAGCAGUUAGAUUUCAACAGCACUGUUAAAGACCUGUUGAGUGGAGACAGCUUGCAAGCCAGCCAGCCGCUGGGAGGUCAGGUAGCAUCUGAUUUCACCAGCGAUAUCAGGUUGUCUUCAGACCUCUCAGGCAGCAUCAAUGAUUUGAACACCUUAGACCCAAAUCUCCUGUUUGAUCCAGGUCGUCAGCAGGGACAGGACGACGAGGCCACACUGGAAGAAUUAAAGAACGACCCACUAUUCCAGCAGAUCUGCAGUGAGUCCAUGACCUCUAUGACCUCAUCAGGUUUUGAAUGGAUAGAAAGCAAGGACCAUCCUGCUGUUGAGAUGCUGGGAUGAACUGUGUUUUAUACCAUGUAGCACACUGUAUCUAAGACAUAUGUAUUGUAUUUGUCUUAAUGGAAGUGCCUCCCGCAGCAGAAACACUUACUAUUAAUUGUGACGUUUUCAAAGCGUUUGCUGCAGAAGUGGUUUCUUCUUCAGUAGGAAAUGAUUAGACUUGCCUCAGUUCUUAACAAGUUUCUGAAGACAGUAGGCUGUAGAACAAGUAUUAGGUUUUAAAUUUUGUAACGUCCCCAUUAAUCACAUUAUUUGUUAUUAAAGAAUCCACCACCCAGCCUUUUCCAAGAGCAGUCUGGGUGUUUAUUUUACAUAAGUUCAUUUUAAUUCAUAAAUUAAUCUGCACAGAACUUAAACCAAUUUUAGGAAUAGGCUGUUUUGUUGUUGGCAUUAUCUUUUAGGUAUGAAAUCAUAGCUAAGGUAAGCCGUAGACAAGAAAGUCUUCCUUGAAACAGGGAUAAUAUUCAGGUAAUUAUAAAUACCUAGGCUUGAAGCAUAGAGCUACUGUAGAAUGGGAAAUCUCUGUAGGACUUUCUGGGACUUCAGUACCAUUUAUUCUCACAAAGGGCUUGUGAAGGAGAAAAUAAUUGAAAAUUAAAUAUUAAUUUAAGAAAAGUUAAAAACUGCACUAAAGCUUGUAAGAGGAAAACCAUUAGCCAUUAUUUGUGACCUCGCAUUAGUCUGGUUUUAGAGUGGAGCCAGCACAUGCGCAGGUGCACUCGCACCCGCGUUGCAGUCACACACAGAAAACAGCUCCACAUGCUGUAAUUUCACAAAAUGAAUGCAAGCUUGCUAGAAGAAUGUCUCAUGUCUUAUCAUUUGCUAAUUUGAGGUUGGAGUAUUAGAAAGAAAACAAAAGCAGUUUCUUCACAUAUCACCAUGGCUGCAUUACAUAUGAGUAGUCUACUUAAGAUUUAUUUUGGGUGUUUUUCACUGUGAUAUCCUUCAGUAAUCAGCCUUUCUCCUCAGUUAGUGACUGCUUUGCUUCUGAAUACAGUGACACAGUUUGAUCACGGAUCCUUUGAGAAACGAGCAGCAAAGAGACAGUGACAUUAAAAGCCGAGCAAAAAAAAAAAAA